CGGACAUUCGCACAACGGCGACGUCGCCUCCAUCCAUCGGACGCAGACCACAUCAGAGUGGAGUGUUGUUUUGGGGACGUUCUUUUGAACACCAGACGAGACACUUUGGAGUUCGGUUGUGCGAUUCGGGCGUAGUAGGCGUGAUAUUGUUUCUCUACUAUCGAAAACGAAUGCAUAUCACACUGUAACUAGAAGCAUUUUUUCCGGAGCAGUAGGCGUUCGGUUCCAGCUAGUUGCGAUUACAAAUUAUGGCUCGUCAGCAGUGGAAAUUUUAUUGUCAAUUUUUCAAGUCAUCUAUCGAUUGACAGUCGCGUCAGCAGUGUUACUUGUUUCAAUAGUGCUGUACUUAUGGAUUGAAAUAUUCCAGUGAAGUGUAUUUGAAAGUGAACUACUGUGAAACAUAGAAGAGGUACCCUUCGACCGGAUUCAAUUGUUUGGGGAUAUAAUCGAUAAUUGAAUACAACGCUAUCGAACCCAUUGAAAGAAGUAUUAGAAGCUCCUCACUCAUUCCUAACCUGCCAUCACAGCCACCAUGGACCGAAGUUGUUUCCCAACGAGCAGGCCCAACUUCCGAAAUCCUUUCGGACAACGGCCAUGGAUGGAGCAGAGUGGUGCUGCGGCCGCCGCUGGCGGAGGCACCGGACUCAAAGGAAUCGUUGCCGGUGGAAUCACCGGUGGUAUCGAAAUCUGCAUCACAUUCCCCACCGAGUACGUCAAAACGCAGCUUCAGCUUGACGAGAAAGGUGCCACCAAACAGUAUAACGGAAUUAUGGACUGCGUGAAAAAGACUGUCAAAACCAAUGGCUUCUUCGGUCUUUAUCGAGGUCUCAGCGUGCUACUCUACGGAUCGAUACCGAAGUCGGCAGUGAGGUUCGGCGCCUUCGAAACGUUCAAAGGGUACCUGAUGGAACCGAACGGUCAGCUAAGCACCUCCGGUAAGCUGUUGGCCGGUCUUGGAGCAGGUGUGGCGGAAGCAAUCCUAGCCGUCACUCCCAUGGAAACUGUCAAGGUGAAGUUCAUCAAUGACCAGCGAAGUGGCAAUCCCCGCUACAAGGGCUUUGCCCACGGUGUCGGAAUGAUUGUCCGACAGGAAGGCUUAUCCGGUGUGUACAAGGGACUCACUGCGACGAUCAUGAAACAGGGAUCCAACCAAGCCAUCCGAUUCUACGUCAUGGAAUCGCUGAAGGAACUCUACAAGGGAGGCGAUCAAUCGAAACCGGUGCCAAAGAUGGUGGUUGGUGCUUUCGGUGCUGUAGCUGGUGCUGCUUCCGUCUUCGGUAACACGCCCAUCGAUGUAGUCAAGACUCGCAUGCAAGGUCUGGAGGCGGCCAAAUACAAAAACACCGUCGACUGUGCGGUGCAGAUUUGGAAAAACGAAGGACCGUUCGCUUUCUACAAGGGCACAGUACCGCGAUUAAGUCGUGUCUGUCUGGACGUGGCCAUUACCUUCAUGAUAUACGACUCAUUCAUGGACCUAUUCAACAAGUUCUGGCGUUAAACGUACCGUCGUACUGUUUUUCAGUCAGAGGUUAAGAUCUUCGACAUGACACGGAAUUUGAAGAAUGAAAGAUAUCAACCAAUCGCGCGCUGGCCAAUCUACGCGCUAGAGCACACCUGACAAACCAGUAUCAGGGAACUGUCUGCAAAAAUCCGUUGGAAGCUUUUGUAGAAAGAAAUAAUCAACCUCAAUGUUAAUCGUAGUCAAGCUAAGCAGGAAAACGAAUCUUAAAGAAGCAAGAAUGCAUUUGUGUUAGUCGAAACGAACAUAGCUCGUUGUAGAAGGGGAGGGAAAUCACACGAACGGGUAGAUAAUAAGCACUGAAACCUGACUAAAAAACUGUUGAAUGCACAAACAAGUAGCGAACACUUUUCCCUGUAGGUUUCAAAACGAAAGGCGACCACUCGCUGGAUUCGAUUUUAUACAAAAACAAAUAAUCAUUAUACUUUGUUUGCGGGUUUUAUGCACUUUAAAAAUUUUAAGUUGUGCAACCACGAAGCAUUCCAUUUUUUGUGACUUUAAUUGUAACGACCCAAGCUUAUUUCCAUUUUACGAAGUGCGCCUCAUUGAAAUGAACCGUUCUAACGUUUCGGUUUUGUUUUUGCUGUUUAAAUUUUAAAUUCUAUACUCACAGUUUUGAAUAUUGCAGAUUUUUUACGAUAUUCUUUGUUCCAAAAAAUAACUAAAGAGUAAUGCCUAUUUAUUGCUUGAUGUGUAAUAUAUGCCACAGUAACAUGUGCAAAACUAAUAAAAACCGAUGUAAAACAAUGA